AUGUGUUCAGUCGAAGUAUCUCGUGAUGAAAAAGUCCUGUACUCACCGUUUCAGCAUCGUAUUGCCAGCUAUGUCAAGAGUUUACCCAUAAACACAGAAAGAAAUCCAGAGAGCACCAUAAAUCCAAAAAGGAAAUUUCCUGUUGUUAUUUAUUUCCACGGCGGGAGUUUCAAAACGGGGGCUUCCAACGUCGUUUCACCAGAGAUACUGGCCGUUGCUGGUGACCUAAUAUUCGUAACGGUAAACUACCGAUUGGGAAUACUUGGGUUUUUAAACAGCGAUAAUGAGUAUGCGAGAGGAAACUAUGGACUGUGGGACCAACAGCUAGCAAUCCGAUGGAUCAGAUACAACAUAGCAUCUUUCGGAGGAGACGUUAAAAAGAUCACGCUGAUGGGUCAUGAGGCGGGUGCGGCAAGCGCCAUGUUUCAAGCCCUAUAUCCGGGCAACCGCGGACUCUUUCAAAGGGUCAUUGCUAUGAGUGGUUCCGCCACAAGUCCAUGGGCUCUUCAUGGUCCAAAUGUCAGGGAAAUCGCGAAGGAAUUGGGGUGCUUUGAUGAUGCGCGCAAUUUUACAUUUAGUGAUCAACCAUUAGUUGAAUGUAUCAAGGACAAAAAGGUGACGGAAAUAUUACAAGUUCAGGAGAAAUUUUCAAACAUCGGACCAACAACUGACGGUGACUUCCUGGUAGACCAUCCUUUGAGAAUUAUAAAAACGGGGAAGGACAAUAUCACUUUGAAUGACUCGUUUAGUUUCUUUCGUUCCCUAGAUGUUAGUAUCGGUGUAACUGAAAGCGAUGGGAGUCAGUCCUUGCUGGAAUUGCUUGCCGAGGAAUUUGGCGAAUCGGGUUGGAAUUUCGGAUCCAUAAAAGCUGAUGAAUUUGAACACAUAAUAAUUCCUGAUAUUUUAAAGAUCGUGUACAAAAAUCACGAACUUUUUAUAAACAGGUCAAUAGAUAACUUCACCAGAAGCAACCUCAAGUACUCAGUCAUGUUCCAAUACACGAACUGGACCGACCCUGAGAACGUACGCAAUGUUCAAAACAAUCUAGUCAGACUGGCAACAGACGCCAACUUUGUUAUACCAGUGGUAACAAUGGCGGACGCCCACUCCUACACGAACUAUAACUCAUCCACUUAUGUGUACGAGUUCUCGUUCCUGCCCUCAUACCUCCGUGCGGAUCAGACGAGGGUGUAUGGUGCGGCGCAUGGCUCGGAGCUACUUCCGAUAUUCGGAUACCAGAAGUCCAUGAUAGAGUUGACCGGCGUGAAGGAGGAAGAGCUCACGGCCACUGACUACGAGUUGUCGGAGAAUAUGAUGAUUUGGAUAUCGAACUUCGCAGCAACGGGGGACCCUAACAAGCCCAUACGCUUCAUCUCCUACAAAGACAGGCCUAUCCAUUGGCCACAAUACAGUAACGAUCGGCCGUACAUGAGGCUUAUCAAAAACCUGACGUCAGUGACGUCAUUAGGCACGCGCUUUGGGGAACCGGCGACGUCAUUUUGGACGACUCUUGUGCCAGUGCUACUUGAAAGUGCGAAAGCAAAUAACAAUAUGAGACCAAAAACAGAUGAUAAGAGAACACUAUGUCCUCAGUUCAACACUGCCUUCUCAGGUGAACACUACAUUCACACUGCCUUCUCAGGUGAACACUACAUUAUGUCUGGUGAGCACUACGUUCUCAGGGAACACUUCAUUAUCAGGUCAACACUACCUUCUCAGGUGAACACUAGGUUCUCAGGAGAACACUACGUUCUCAGGUUAACACUACAUUCUCAGGUGAGCACUACAUUCUCAAUGAACACUACAUUCUCAAGUGAACACUACAUUCUCAGGUUAACAAUACAUUCUCAGGUGAGCACUACAUUCUCAAGUGAACACUACAUUCUCAAGUGA